GGGCAUCUCUUGUAGCACCACCAUUUUGCUUCCAAAUUUAGAAAGAGAGAAAAAAAAAAGGCCAUUACCCUCUUUCAUCCUCUAGUAUUACCCUUUUUCAUUCCAAAUACAUUUCUCCUCCUUCUUCCUCACAUCUCCAAAGCAAUCACACAAAAAUAAAGAAUAAAAUCACAAUGAAGAAACAACAAAAUAGCUAUGAUCCGGAGGUGAAAAGCCAUCGCCAGUUUUUUGCUGAGAAGCCGUGGUUCCUUGCCAUUCUCAUCGCUACCUCCUUCACCGCGGCUCUCCUCAUUGCCAGCAGUAUUACAGGAUCAUCAUCUCACUCCUUUUUAUGUUCUUUAAGUGGUGCAUAUAAAACAUCAGCGGUGGAAGAGUAUGCAACCACCCCAACACAACUCCAAGCCAUCCUCCACUAUGCCACGUCGCGUGUGGUUCCACAACAAUCACGAGCCGAAAUCACUCUUUCCUUUGAUGUUCUAAAGACCCUAGCCCCAUGUAAUUUCCUUGUCUUUGGCCUAGGCCACGAUUCCUUAAUGUGGACGUCACUUAACCCACGUGGCACCACCAUAUUCCUAGAAGAAGAUCCAAAGUGGGUCCAUACAGUUCUCCAAAGCGCACCAAAUCUACAUGCCUAUGUGGUAAAGUACCCGACACAACUACGUGAGGCGCACAAGCUUCUCUCCUAUUACAAGCAAGAGAAGGAGUGCAUGCCACCAGACGUCCGCCUGAAGGGUAACACACGAUGCAAGUUAGCAUUAAGCAUGUUACCAGAUGAGGUGUUGGACAAAGAAUGGGACGUGAUAAUGAUAGACGCGCCCCGAGGGUAUUUUGCAGCGGCACCAGGGAGGAUGGGGGCAAUAUUUUCAGCUGCAGUGAUGGCACGUGCAAGGACACGCCAAGGUGUGACUCAUGUAUAUUUGCAUGAUGUGGAUAGGAAGGUGGAGAAGGUUUAUGCAGAGGAGUUCUUGUGCAAGAAGUAUUUGGUGAAGGGCGUGGGGAGGCUUUGGCAUUUUGAGAUUCCAUCUCUUGCAAAUAGGAGCGAUAGUGAUGCUUCUACUAGUUUUUGCUAAACUUGGAUAUAGAAAUUCCUGUCUGUCUAUAGGGUAUGGGAUUUGAUUUAGUGAACGAAAGUUAAGUAAUUUAAUUUUUUCUUUUUGUCAAAA